UUUUAUUAUUAAACUAUCAUCUCACAACUAUUUCAUGCCGUAAUUUUUAAACAUUCCUCUAUGUUUUAAACUUAAAUUUAAAACUCAGGAAAAGUCAAUAACCACGAUUAAAUCUUAAAGGAUUUAUAAUUUAUCUGCUAAUCUCUACCUUGGUUAAUCUUUAUAAGCAUUAAACAAAUAGUUUAUGAAAUCAUUCGAAUUGUUAUUAAAGUUAUAAAAGAUUUCCAAACAAAAAUUGUCUUCUGUUUAACUUGAGUAUGUCUGCCAAUUCGAAACGUACGAUUUAUGUGGGUGGUUUAGCAGAAGAAGUAAAUAAAGAUAUUAUUCAUGCAGCUUUUAUUCCAUUUGGGGAAAUAAUUGAUGUUCAAAUUCCUUUGGAUUAUGAAACUCAAAAGCAUAGAGGGUUUGCUUUUGUGGAAUUUGAAGCAGCUGAUGAAGCUGCUGCUGCCAUUGACAAUAUGAAUGAUUCUGAGUUAUUUGGCCGUACUAUUAGAGUGAAUAUUGCCAAACCAAUGAGAAUAAAGGAAGGAUCUACAAGAGCAGUGUGGUCUGAUGAUGCUUGGUUGAAAGAACAUGCAGGAGAAACACUUACACUAGAUGAGCCUGAUGGAGAAAAUAAAAGAAAACUUGAUGAAAAUGAAGAAGAGGAACCAGAGAAAAAGAAGCGUAAAUCGAAUCCAACAGUCUACUUUGACAUAGCAAUAGACAGUGAAGACAUUGGCCGGGUACAAAUCAUGUUGCGUAAAGACAUUGUCCCUCUUACAGCUGAAAACUUCCGCUGUUUGUGUACUCAUGAAAAAGGAUUUGGUUUUAAAGGAAGCUCCUUUCAUCGUAUUAUACCUGGAUUUAUGUGCCAAGGCGGAGAUUUCACAAACCAUAAUGGAACAGGUGGGCGUUCUAUUUAUGGUAAAAAGUUUGAAGAUGAAAAUUUCACUCUGAAGCACACGGGACCAGGGCUUCUAUCAAUGGCAAAUUCAGGACCAAACUCCAAUGGUUCUCAAUUUUUUCUCACAACUGCAAAAACUGAAUGGUUGGAUGGCUUCCAUGUUGUGUUCGGUCAGGUGAUCAGUGGAAUGGAAAUCGUGAAAAGAAUGGAGAAAUGUGGCAGCAAAAGUGGAAAGCCCUCCCAAAAAGUUGUAAUAAGCAAUUGUGGAGAAUUGACGUGAAAUUUUUAAUGGAAGAAAAUCUGUAUAAUAAAGUGUAAUUUUUUAUUUUA